CCGUUCACUAUAAAAACAAACCAAAAACCACCUUUAACGCUACCAAAAAUCCUCCCUCCACCAUGAACGACCCAAAUAGACCACCAGUCACCGGUUACCCCGCCCCCACCCAACCCCCACCCCACCAAAACCCUAACGGUUACACCCAACCCCCACCAGGCACCGCCUAUCCUUACGCCGCACCGCCACCUUCCUCCGCCGCAUACUACCACAACAACAACAACAACCCUCCUUACUACCAACAACAACCUCCUCACCCUUACGCAGCCUUCGCUACCCAACGCGCCACCUUCCUCCGGCGCGUGAUCGCAAUCGCCAUAGCAUCCAUGGUCAUAACCGGGACAUUCGUAUUCAUCGUAUGGUUAAUCCUCCGACCAAAACUCCCCGAAUUCCGUGUCGACUCAUUAUCAGUAUCAAAUCUUAAUCUCAACAAUUCAUUAAUUUCCGCUAACUGGGACUUACGUUUUACUGUGAAAAACCCAAACAAGAAAAUGACCCUUUACUAUGAUGAAGUAGCUUUAGGUGUUUUUUAUGAUUACGUGUCGCUUUCGGACACGACGGUUGCUCCGUUUUAUCAGGAGAAAAGAGCGGAAACCGGUGAGAAAGCGAGUUUUGCUACUUCGGGUUCGUAUGUGGAUAAUCGGGUUUUUGAUGGUAUGAGUAAAGAAAGGGAGAAGAGAGGUGUGAUUGGGUUUAAUGUGAGAAUGUUUGCUAGGAUUAGGUUUAAAGCUGGUGCUUGGAGAGCUAGGAGGAGGUUUGUGAGGGUGUAUUGUAAAGGUUUGGAUGUUGGGGUCGGGUCGGGUAAGUCGUCCGGGAACUUGAUUGGCGGAUCACGACAAUGCCGGGUUGGACUCUGACAGUAGUGAUCUUUGCUUAAGGAACGGUGUGUUUUCGCCAGGCUUAGUUGCGUCCUCACCCAAUGACUUCAGAGGCAUCUGUUGCUGCUGUUGCUUCAUCUGGGAUAAUUUUUUAGGUUUCAUCAAUUAGAACUUGUAGUAUAUCAGUUUAUCAUUAUCAUAUGCUGCUCCCAGAACAUAUAAUGUACAGGCUUACAUUUUCAACAUAAUUGCCUGUAAAUGCCCUUUAAUGUACAGGCUUACAUUUUCAACAUAAUUGCCUGUAAAUGUCCUUUCUUUUAAUGUCAAAAGCUUGAGGGCUGAUUUACUUUGAUCAACAUAAUUGUAUAGUUAGAACUGUUAACUGUCUUGUUAAAUCAAUUAGUUAACAAAUUUGAACA